AUGCGUUACAAAUCCUAUGUUCCUAGAUACGUGACCUUGCUUUCUAAAAACUUAGGCAUCGUUGAUGCUGAUGUUGUAACUAUAGCGUUUGAUGCAACAACUAUAUCCGGUAAACACAUAAAUGAAGUUCAUUUUGGAACGCCUGAAAAUGUUUUCACCGCAAACAUUACGGAACUGGCUGGAGGCAGAGCUGAGGACUAUGCUGGUCAUGUACUUAACACCAUUGAGGACUUGGCAACAACGUACUCUUCCUUUUGUGAAGUUGAUAAGGAGGAGACAAAACUUCAAAUGUGUGGAAAGGUUUCAUCCACGUUGACAGAUAGGGCCUCAGCCAACCACGCUGCAGUACUACUGCUGAAUGAAAAACUUCAGACAAACUUACUUGAACUGAAUUGUCACUUACACCCUCUUGAUGGCAUAGCUAAUGAAGUAAGGAAGACUUUUCAAAAAUUUAAUUCCCUUAUUCCCAGUGACACAUUUGGUUCAGACUGUCGAGCUGCUAACUUGCUGUAUGGAAUAUCUAAGCUGAGGUACAAAGCAAAGGGAGAUCCUACAGGAUUCAAGGCUUUUCUCAGGCAGCAUUCCUUGGCAUGUGGUAUUUUCCCUAGAUAUGUUGGUAAUAGGUUGCACGUGAUGUUCUGCCUGGCUGGUAUUGUAUACAGACACAGGCAUCUUCUGGUGCUAUAUUUAGAAAAAUAUUGCAGCAACAUAUCAUUAAGAGCUGCACUAUUAAAGGACUUAAAAAAUGACAUUAUUAUUUCCCAGUUGCAGGCACUUGGACUUUGGGGGAAAUACCUAACCGGGGCUUGGAUGUCAGUCUUCUAUGCCAAAGAAUCAAAACGGAAUCAUUUUGACAUGGUUGAAUAUCAAAAGGUGGCGAUGAAAUUCAUUGCUAGAGUAAUUGCUGAGCCAGAAUACCUUUUGAUAGGAUGUGAGGAUGCCUUUGGACGCCCCUUAAUUGCGGAUGAAACUUUGUCAUCUCUGCUGAUUGUAGAUGACACCAACCUCGAGGCCUUUAGUACUGCCACUGAAGCCAUGGCCACAGCCACCCAAGCUGUCCUCAGCCGUCAGCUUUCCCGCUACCUGGAGGGUGAUUUAGCUGCACCUACUGAGGCCAUGUUAGCUGCAGCAGCCAGUGCCCCCGUACACAACAUCUGGGCUGAGAGGGCCCUUGGUGUUGUUGACUCAUUGUCGCGCAGGGCCCCGAAUUCGGAGAUAACUUUUUUAGAUGCAAAAACUAAAGUAAAGCUGAACAAAUCGUUGGACUGGCUGUCAUCCAAGCCUGCAGCAGUUCAACAACAAAUAAUCCAAUUUUGCAUUAAGAGGGGUGCAGUUUGUAGAAAGUUAGGAAAGGAUAGGAGGUUAGAGAAAGAAAGGGAGCUGCAGCGACGGCUGAUGGAAAAAAAGCCAGAAAAGAGACAUGGGAAACCGAAACAAAAUUGCUAA